AUGGUUGACAAGAUCAUGAAUGAAAGGUCGGAGGAAUUGGCGGUCAAUGACCCUUACGCAGAGCAUAUCGUACAGGUGGAACGCUCUCAGAUGGCCUCCUCCACCCCCCUCAAAACACCCCGGCGCUUCCUCUUCAUAGCCUCCAUCGGCAACCCCCGUCCAUACCGCACCACCCGCCACAGCGCCGGCCACCUCCUCCUCGAUGCCCUGAUCCCGCAUCUCCUCCCGCGCAUUCCCCUCGUCUCCGCCGCCACGUCCGCACCCCAACCCCUCUUCUACAAAACCUGGCACAGCCCGUCGCUGAUGAACGUGUCGGGCCGGAAGCUCGUCCGCGAGCUGCAGCGCUGGAUGGCCACCGCGCAGACCGAUAUCCUCGAGCGCGUCGUGCAAGCGGGCCACGUGCGGGUCGAGCAGCCAGAGUCGGACGUGAGCGUGCCUGACCCGGCCACGAGCAGCUGGCAGCGUCGCGGCAUCGACCCGCGCACCCUCCGACAGCUCGAGCCGACGCUCGUCAUCCUCCACGACGAGCUGGAGGCGCCGCUGGGCAAGGUGCGCGUGAAGCGCGGCGGGCCCGAAGCCGCCAGUCUGCGCGGCCAUCGCGGCCUGAUCAGCGUCAUGGAGCAGCUGAAGGCGAAGAAGCUGUAUCCGCCGGCACAGACGCGCGGCGGCGGGGGCGGCGGGGCCGGCGGGCUCUCCGUCGUGCGCAUCGGCGUGGGCAUCGGCCGGCCGGACUCGCGCGAAAAAGGCAGCGUCGCAGAUUACGUGCUCACCGAGAUGAAUCCCCGGGAGCUGGCGGCCGUGCGGGCGGCCGUUGGUCCGGUGUUGGAUAUCCUGGAGGAUGAGCUGUAUCGCGAGCCUGAGCCGGUGGUUCGGACGUGA